CGCCCUCUCCUCCUUUCCUCCGCCCCCGGCCACGGAGCGCCGCCCAUCUUCCGCUCUUCCUCACGUCGUCUCCCUCCCUCUCUCUCUACACAGAAAAGAACCCAUCAUCAAACCCCUAGCUACGUACGUCGUUGGGUGGGUGACGAUGUCGCCGCCGACGAACGGCGCCACCACGUUCGCCUUCACGCCCAUGACGGCGGCGAGCCUGCCCGACGCGCUGCUCUUCCCCUUCGACGGCUUCUCCGCCGACGACUUCUUCAACGCUGCCCCGCCUCCUCCUCCUCCGCCAGGCGUCGACCCGAACCGCCCCUUCCUCCUGCCGUUCUCCUCCUACAACAACGUCGACGUCCACGGCAGCGCCGGCUUCGGUCCGGAGGCCCUCGCCAUCGCGGCGCCGACGUCGACCGUGGCCACCACCGGGAGCUCCUCCUCCGCGCCGCGGUCGCUACCGCUGAUGCCGAGCAUGGGCGAGAGGACGUCGCGCUACCGCGGGGUGACCAGGCACAGGUGGACGGGGCGGUACGAGGCGCACCUGUGGGACAACACGUGCCGGAGGGAAGGCCAGAAGCGCAAGGGACGACAAGUUUACUUGGGUGGCUAUGAAAAAGAAGAUAGGGCUGCUAGGGCAUAUGAUAUUGCCGCGCUGAAAUACUGGGGUGCUAACGCUAUCAUCAACUUCCCUAAAGAAAACUACAUCAAGGAGAUUGAGGAGAUGCAAAACAUAAGCAGGCUGGAACUUGUAGCUUCACUGAGGAGGAAGAGCAGUGGCUUUUCUAGAGGUGCAUCCAUCUACAGAGGUGUCACAAGGCACCACCAACAUGGACGCUGGCAGGCAAGAAUUGGUCGUGUUGCAGGCAACAAGGACUUGUAUCUUGGGACUUUUGCAACUGAAGAAGAAGCGGCGGAGGCGUACGACAUCGCGGCGCUCAAGUUCAGGGGCGACAACGCCGUGACCAACUUCGAGCCGAGCCGGUACAACCUGGAGGCGAUCGCCCGCAGCGACCUUCCGAUCAACGGGCCAGGGAGGCGGCUGAACAGCUACAACUACAAGCCGCCAGCAGCGCCAGAAGCGCAGCAGGUCCAGCAGAUCACCUUCGCCACCUCCGCACCUCCAUUCCCGCAGCAGCUGAGCAAUGGCGUGUCCCCCUGCCUCCUCCACACCCUUCUGCAGCUCCCGCCCUCUGCUGCGCCCAUGCACGCUCUGCCGCUGUCGAGCUACGGCGGCGUCGGGGUGCCCGCCUUCUACUGGCCCUUCGGCGAAGUGGAGCAGAAGGUGCAGCUCGACGGCAAGAUGGAAGUGGUUGACGGUAUCCUUCAGCUUGCCAACCCUGCCGUUUAGUCACUGGAUUCUGAUAGGUGCCGGUGCUUUUGGAGAAGUGAUCCGAUGUGUUUUGGUUGGGACCUGGGUAACUGGGAUGUGAUAGAUCCACCUUUUGCUGGUGCUGGUGUGGAACUGACCACCUGAACAUAGGUAUAGCCGUGCCGUUUGGUUAAUCUGUCAUCUUUAUCUGUAAAGAUGGGUUUAAGACAGCUAGUGAACUUGACUAGAUGCUGCUUUUGAGAAGCGAUAGCGACAUUAGGGCUAAGCCUAGAAGGGCAGUAGUAGUAGCUGGGACUAUCUAGAGCAUGUCCUUCAACGCCACUGAACUGAAAUUUGUGGUGCACCUCAGAAUGAUAUUGGUUAAGUUAUCUGUUAA